GGGAGCCCAGAGCCCGAGCUCCUCCUGCAGGGACAGACGGACGGACGUUCUUUCCAGCAAUACCAUGGCCUCUCAGCUCUGCACCUCCACCUUCUCCGCCGGCUCUGGCCGGGGCCCCUGCGGCUCUGCUGGCAGAUUCUCCCGGGUGUCCUCCUUCCGCUCUGGUGGCUCCUGCAGGGUCCCGGGGCUGGCUGGUGCUGCGGGGUCCAUCUCCUCCUUCAGGACAGGCCUCUCUGGCCCCGGGAGCUUCUUGUCCAGCUCCUGCCACCCCUCUGGAUUUGUGGGGAGCGGGGCCUGGCUCUGCGAGGGCUCCUUCAACGGCGAGAAGGAGACCAUGCAGUUCCUGAACGACCGGCUGGCCAGCUACCUGGAGAAGGUGCGGCAGCUGGAGCGGGAGAACUCGGAGCUGGAGGGCCGCAUCCGCGAGUGGUACGAGCGCCAGAUCCCCUACAUCUGCCCUGACUACCAGGCCUUCUUCAGGACCCUGGAGGAGCUGCAGCAGAAGAUCCUGCUGACCAAGUCUGAGAACGCCAGGCUGGUCUUGCAGAUGGACAAUGCCAAGCUGGCAGCAGAUGACUUCCGGGCCAAGUACGAGACGGAGCUGUCCCUGCGGCAGCUGGUGGAGUCGGACAUCAACGGCCUGCGCAGGAUCCUGGACGAGCUGACCCUGUGCAGAUCUGACCUGGAGGCGCAGGUGGAGUCGCUGAAGGAGGAGCUGCUGAGCCUCAAGAGGAACCACGAGGAGGAUGUCACCACUCUCCGCAGUCACCUCGGGGACCGACUGAGUGUGGAGGUGGAUGCCGCCCCGCCAGUGGAUCUCAACAAGAUCCUGGACGACAUGAGAUGCCAGUAUGAGGCGCUGGUGGAGAGCAACCGCAGGGAGGCAGAGACCUGGUUCAACACCCAGACCGAGGAGCUGAACCAGCAGGUGGUGUCGAGCUCGGAGCAGCUGCAGUCCUACCAGGUGGAGAUCAUCGAGCUGCGGCGUACGGUCAACGCCCUGGAGAUCGAGCUGCAGGCGCAGCACAGCAUGAGGAGCUCCCUGGAGUCCAGCCUGGCAGAGACCGAGGCCCGCUACGGCUCGCAGCUGGCCCAGAUGCAGGGCCUGAUCGGCAGCGUGGAGGCCCAGCUGGCCGAGAUCCGCUGUGACCUGGAGCGGCAGAACCAGGAGUACCAGGUGCUGCUGGACACCAAGGCCCGGCUGGAGGGUGAGAUCAGCACGUACCGGAGCCUGCUGGACAGCGAGGACUGCAAGCUUCCUGCGCACCCUUGCUCCACGGAGAGGAAGCCUGCUGUGAGCGGUUCCUACAUCGCCCCCGGGUCCUGCGCUGCUCCGGCUCCCCAGGUGGGCACUCAGAUCCGCACCAUCAAGGAGGAGAUCAGAGACGGGAAGGUGGUCUCCUCCUGGGAGCAUGUGGGGCCCCGCCCACUGUGACCCCUGGCCCUGGCCAGGAGGAGGAGGAGGCCCCAACGCUUCCUGCUGCUAACCGACCCCACCCUUUUCCCCAGAGGGGCCUCCUCUUAGCUGCGUUUUCUACCAAAAUUCUUCUUGUGUUGUUUAUGGUCUUAACUGUGCUUUUUACACCACGCAAAACCAGAUUCCCCUGGACAUG